UGUAAGGCCCGAUUUCUGGCCUUAUCAUCGAGAAGGCCUGAGGAGCCGAGCCCAUGUGCAAAAGGAGCCCUAGGGCUUCAAGCUCCCUUCCUCUUAGGCUCUUCCACAGCCGCUAAUUCCUUCCUUCGAGGCGUCGAUCAACCUUCCACCUUUUCAUCCCCCAUUCACGAAUCGGGAAUCUCGUACCUUUUCUUCCAUGGCAGCAACGUCGUCCCCUCUUGCAAGAUUUAUUCAGCAAAACCGACUCCCUCUUCUCGCUCUUUCUCUUGCGCUAUCUUCUGCCCUCUCUCUCUCUCUCGCUCGACUUCUUCUUCUGAGUGCUGUGGGUGGCCGGAAAUCGCAGUUACGGUAGUAAGCGUCAGAGAUGGGUACACAAAAGAUUUCUGACGUUGAUGGUGUAUUAGGAGUUUCAAGAUCCAUGAGACAUGUUCGGCCGGCUCACUACCUCCUCAAAAUAGAGUCUUUCUCAUUGCUCUCCGAAUUUAAGGUUGAAAAAUGGGAGUCUGAUGAUUUUGAAUCCGGUGGCUAUAAGUGGGGAUUGUGCCUUUAUCCAAAUGGAGAUAAGAAGAGAAAUGGACAUGGUCACGUAUCACUCUACUUAGUUAUAAGGGAUACAAAUGGUCUUCCUCCUGGUUGGGAGGUGCAUGUGCAAUUCAAAUUAUUUGUCUCCAAUCAUAUACAAGACAACUAUUUAACUGUCCAAGAUGUUGACGGUAAAACGAGAUGCUUUCGUGCCAUGAAGACAGAAUGGGGUUUUCCCCAAUUCCUUUCGCUUGACUGCUUCGAAAACGCACAAAGAGGGUACCUCCUUGGUGACUGUUGUGAAUUUGGAGCGGAGGUUUUCGUCAUCAAAUAUGAUGGCAAAGGGGAGUGUUUAUCCAUAGUGAAAGAACCCAGCGAUAACACCUUCACAUGGAAGAUUGACAAGUUCUCAACAAUCACCGACACUUGUCUUUUCUCUGAGGAGUUCAAAGUGGGGGAACACAAGUGGAAGCUAUCGUUGUAUCCUAGAGGACGACAAAAUUCAAAUGGAGAGAAUAUAUCCCUCUUUUUGGUUGCGGUUGAUCAUACAACGCUUCAUCCUCAUCGAAAACUGUAUGCCAAAUACAAGCUGCGGGUAAGGAACCAGGUUGGGCAUGCGCACCAUGAGAAAGAAGGUUGUGACGGGUUCUCUAAAUCAGUUGGCUGUUGGGGAUACUGGAACUUGAAGGAAUUGAGCCAUCUGAAAGACCCAUCACAAGGAUACAUAGUCAACGACACUUUAGUUGUUGAAGUUGAAAUCAUGGCCAUGUCUGUGCUUAAGAAGUUUCCUUAAACUUAUUAUUACAGUGAACAGAACUAUGUACCCAAAAUAAAUGUUCCUAUUUCCACCCUGUAAUUCUUAUUUGUCUUUUCUUUGUAUAGAAAUCCAUCUACUUGUACAUACAUUAAGAUGCUGUAGAAUAUUGAACCCACAACACGGUUUCCU